CUGCUGCAGUACACUUUGUACUGUAGAGGAGCUGGAAGAUAAACACGGGGUGAAGAGGAAGAAGGGCAUUAAUCUGAAUAGAGAGAUAGAGGAGGAUUUAUAAACACGAAGAGGCUCCGGGAGAGAGUGGAUUAACGCCAUGACCAUCUCCUGAGACCAGAACAAUCAUCUGCUGUGGUUCAGAAAGGUGGACAGGAUGGUUGAGGGUCUUACAGGUGUUCCGUCUCCCCCCAUCACUCCGCUGCAGCAGAUGGUGGCGUCAGGUGCUGGAGCGUUUCUGACUGCUCUGUUCGUAACACCGUUAGAUGUGGUGAAGAUCAGACUGCAGUCCCAGCAGGCUCCAGUCUAUAAAGCGUUACCAGCGGAUUGCCGAGCGUGGAAGAGAAAGUCUCGUCUCCCGAAGUGGAAGUGUUUUCUCUACUGUAACGGACUGAUGGACCACAUCUACGUGUGCCAGAACACCACCGCCUGUGGCUCCUGGUACAAAACACCCACUCACUUCAGUGGGACUCUGGAUGCGUUUGUGAAGAUCAGUCGCUCCGAGGGUCUGCGCUCUCUGUGGAGUGGUCUUCCUCCUACACUCGUGAUGGCCGUCCCCACCACAGUCAUCUACUUUACCUGCUACGAUCAGCUCAAAGAUUUCCUUUCUGAUGGUCUUGGUUACCGGAGCAACUACGUCUCCAUCAUCGCCGGGGGUCUGGCGAGACUGGGCGCAGUCACGGUGAUCACCCCGUUGGAGUUGGUGCGCACUAAGAUGCAGUCACGGCGUGUAUCCUACAGUGAGCUGCGAGUGUGUAUCAGAUCGGCCGUGACUCAGAGCGGCGUGCUCUCCCUGUGGAGGGGGUGGGGACCCACCGUUCUUAGAGAUGUUCCCUUUUCCGCCAUGUACUGGUUUAACUAUGAGUUGAUGAAAGCAGAGCUGUGUGAGAGAUACAGAACACCACAGGCCUCUUUCUCAGUCUGCUUCACUGCAGGAGCCGUUUCUGGAGCUAUCGCCGCGAUCACGACACUGCCGUUCGACGUGGUGAAAACACGCAGGCAGAUCGAGCUGGGAGAAAUGGAGAUCCUCGGGGCUCCUCUGAAGACGUCGUCUUCCUCCACGUGGCUCAUAAUGAAGAGUAUCUGGACCGAUAGCGGCUACCGAGGCCUGUUCGCAGGCUUCUUGCCACGAGUGAUCAAAGUGGCUCCGGCGUGCGCCAUCAUGAUCAGUACGUACGAGUUCGGGAAAAUGUUCUUCCGCAAGCGCAACGAAGAGCAGCGAGAAGGCUGAGGGAACCACCAAGUAGAGCUGCAUGAUCAUUUUUACCCAAACUGACCUGCCCUUUAUCAGGGCCUUGGCCUGCAUCCUGCUCUUAUCUCCACAGGGUGCGAGGGAAAACAAUGGCGAGGCUGCCAGGUUUAGUUCAGUAACGCUGUGCAUGCGGUAGUUAUUUAUGUCCCUCAGUUGGGAUUUACUGCAUUGCAGUGAGACUGCAGCACACCAGAACCGCAUCAAAGCAUGCUGGGAAAACGUUUAUCUGCAUGCACGGGUGCUUUGAGGAAAUGUUAUUCAGAAAUUGAAUUCAUCUGUGCUUUGAAAUGGUUCCUGGUUCCAUGUGACCUUUAUAUGUGUCCUAUGUGGCCAGUAAGGUAAAAAAAAAAAAUAGCAGACGAGUAAAUAGUGUCCAUGCACUGCCCUCUAGUGGCCAUAUACCGCAAUCUGUUGAUUAUAUACCGCCCUCUAGUGGCAAUUUAUCGCCCUCUAGUGUUUAUAUGCCCCUCUUUAAUGUCUACAUACCGCCCUCUAGUGGUCAUACUCUGUCCCCUGAUGUCUAUACACCGCCCCAGUGUCCAUCUAAAUAGAGAAUGUUACACAACAGCAUCUGCACGAGAUAAACACAUCUUCUCUAAUUUGUCUGUUAUUACUUCUCCACACACUGAUAACCAGCCUUGUGUGAUCGCAGUGCCUUCUGGGUACAUUUCAUCUCUGAAAACCCUGUAGUCUUUAGAAAUCCUUUUCUAAAUUUUUAUUUAAAAGUUGAAAUGUACAAAAAAAUCAGCACCAGACUUUUACACACAUUUGAUUAAAACGUAACUUCUGCGCAGUUCUUGCAGUCGUACUAAGAACCGUUUGCUCCUUUUGACCACAACAACGAUCAAACGCGUUCCCGUUUACUUUUGUGUCAUCAAUAUUGCAAAUUUUAAUACUAGCUAGCUGGAACUAGCAUACGUUACCUAACGAGACAACUUUUCACAUUUGUUACUUUUUAUGUUGUUAAAGGAAAAUACUUUCACAAGCUAAUAUUCUUAAAUAAACCCACAAGACCUUC